AUGCCUGGCAAAACACCAUAUAAAAACGGCGCAGAUCCAGUUGAAAACGGUAUUAACGGUACGAAGAAGGACGAUGCGAAGAGCUCGUUGAAGGGUGGAAAGGGAAAGAAAACUAAGGAAGGCAAUGAAGAGGAGAUGACGGUCGUCGUACCACCAUCAAAGGGCUCUAAAUUAUCGGCUCCUCCUCCGAAAGACGAUGAUGGAGAUGUAGACAUGGAUGGAUCUGCGGAGAGUGGAGAGGAUGCAGGUGCUGUCAAGGUCGAUCCAGUGGCCAAGGCUGUUGCAGAUAUCAAGAGCAAUUUUCCGUUAUUAGAGAAAGCUGUUGCUUUGUUCGAUGCUAGAUACACACUCCGAGCCCUCAGGUCCAUUUCCUCUAUUCGGAAACAGCUUACGGCUGAUAUUCUGGCGCAAGUUAUCACGGAAACCUACCCAUCGUCAACUCAGCAAGCGAAGGCUUUUCUCGUCGCUCUCGAUAGAGAGAAUGCAGCAUUUAAUAAGGCUUCGUCUUCGGAAAUGGAAAUCGAUUCUGAUCCAAAAUCUGCCAAAAAUGGCGGGAAAAAGGAAUCAAAAGAUAUCAUUCCGGAGAUCGACAUAUUCCUCAGCAUCCUCGUUCAAAUCUUUUACCUCGAUAAUAAGAUUAAUGACAAGGGAUCUGCAUUUUCCAAACAUCUCACAACUGUCAUUCACGGCCUCAAUCGCCGAACUCUAGAUUCUCUCUCCGCCCGCGUGUAUUUCUAUUGGUCUUUGUUCGCUGAGCAAUUGGCACCACUUCCACCUUCUCCAGCUUCUCCAGUUGUGGCCCUUCGACCUGCUCUUCUUUCUGCUUUACGGACUGCUGUCUUGCGCAAAGAUAUCGAUACUCAAUCAACUGUCAUCGUUCUUCUUUUACGGAACUAUCUCUCAACCUCUCACAUCACUCAAGCUGAUCUCCUUAUCUCACAUACUAAAUUCCCCGACAGUGCUUCAAACAACCAAGUUGCUAGAUAUUUGUACUACUUGGGACGUAUCAGGGCUGUUCAAUUGAGAUAUACUGAGGCUCAUGAGCAUUUGACAGCUGCUACUCGCAAAGCUCCUUCGAGUCCAAGUGCUGCAGGAUUCUUACAAACUGCAACAAAGCUACUUCUUGUGGUUGAGUUGUUGAUGGGAGAUAUUCCUGAUCGUGCAACAUUCAAAAUCGCCAGUCUUGAACGUGCUCUACAACCUUAUCUUAACCUCGUACAAGCAGUCCGAGUAGGAUUGAUUGCAGAGUUCGAGGCAGUAAUUACUCAACAUGCGGAGACUUUCAGACGUGAUGGUACUUAUACUUUGAUACUUCGUCUACGACAAAACGUCAUUAAAACUGGUAUUCGAAUGAUGUCCUUGUCUUACUCCAGAAUUUCCCUUCGAGAUAUCUGCAUACGCUUGAAGCUUAACAGUGAGGAAUCUGCAGAAUACAUUGUUGCAAAGGCAAUUCGUGAUGGUGUCAUUGAGGCAACUUUGGAUCGUGAGAAGGGAUUCAUGAAGAGUAAGGAGGUUGGGGAUGUGUAUGCUACCAGAGAGCCUGGUGAGGCAUUCCAUGAUCGUAUUCGUGCUUGUCUUGCUCUUCAUGAUGAGAGUGUUAAGGCAAUGAGAUUCCCAAUGAAUCAACAUCGAUUGGAACUGAAGAAUGCUCAAGAAGCACGAGAACGCGAACGUGAAAUGGCAAAGGAGAUUCAAGAUGGUGAUUUGGAUGAAGAUGAUCUGGGGGGAGACUUCGAAGGCAUGUAA